UCUAAUUACGCAUGCGUUGCAGUAUUUUAAUGUUUGAUUCUGCUCAAUCAACGUCGUCGGAGCUAUGACAUUUUGAAAACUACGUUUUCGAAUUUUCAUAUUAUUUCGUUAAUCCUGGACUGAAUCUGUAAUCAAGAUGAGUCAUUCGGCUGCAAAUAUGUACCAGACCACUAGUUAUGUAGAAGACUACUUGGAUUGCAUCGAGUCGCUUCCAAAUGAUCUGCAAAGGAGCGUGUCUCAAAUUCGUGAGAUCGACAAUACGUAUCAGAGUGUUUUGAGAGAAAUCAAGCAGCUCUACGAGACUCUGGUGACCAAGGAUCUGGACAAUCACAACAAACGGCGAACCCUCAUCCACCUCCAUCGAUGUCUCAUCCAGAGUCAGGAGCUUGGAGACGAGAAGCUGCAGUUUGCAUCUCAGAUAUCGGAGAUCGUGGAGAACCGCCUCCGCCAGAUGAACAUGAAUCGCACCCACCUCGAGAUCAUGGAGAAGCCCGAGCAUCCUCCUGACCCCCCUCCAAAGACGAAGAAGGCUGCCCCAGCAGUCAUAGAGCAGGAAGCACCUGCGGAGAAAGCAAGCAAGCGUUUGAGACGGGGCCGCAACAGCGAUGUCAAGGAGAAAGACAAUCACAGAAUGCCGCAGCAGAACGACAACAACCCCAAGGCCAAGAAGAAGAAGCGUAAUAAGGCUAAGGAGAGGGACAUCUUGCCCAUCGAUCCUCCCAUCGACCCCAACGAACCCACAUACUGUCUUUGCCAGCAAGUCUCUUACGGAGAUAUGGUUGGAUGUGACAAUAAAGACUGUCCGUAUGAAUGGUUUCAUUUUGGAUGCGUUGGACUCUCAUCAAAACCCAAAGGCAAGUGGUACUGUCCAAAAUGCUUGCCGGAAGUCAAGAAAAAAUGAUCGCCACAGACUAAAUUUUCAGAGCCUAUUUUACUUUUCAAGCAUUUUAUUUAAAUAUGUCUAGCAUUUUGCACAACAUGCUACAUGUAGAUAUUUGUAUAAAUAUUGUAUAUACUGCAUCGAGAGAUGAACAAUGUACUCGAGGCAAUUAUUAUUUUGUAUUUGUAACAACUUAUAAAAGCCAUGAAUCAUGCCCAG